AUGGCAACCCCCUCGCCCGUCCACAGCGUGCUGCCCGCAUCGCCAUCUUUGCACCAUGAUAUCCCGAGGAUGCAAUAUCGAAGCCGCCCCGUUUCCGUUGCUGUAGAACCUGUUUCACUGGUCAUAUCCGAAUGUAUAGCGAUCACCUCAGCUAUCCAAAAGCAUGCGCGCUCUUCCCAUUUCUCCGUCUCUGCCAUUCUUGGCGGAAACCCUAAUACUAUACAAUUCGGAUCCCCUAAACAGCAACCCCAGUCGCGGGACCGAAGUGUUGGCGGCCCAUUUAGAGACGGUGAUCAGGAUGGAUCGGCCAGCAGUCGCUGGAGCUUUCAGGGCCAGAGGGCGAAGGGCUUGCAGGAUAGCCCCAUGAUCGCAGGAUUCGGCAAGCUUCGCCAUGAGAUCACGGGUGUUCAGAAUAUUCAUUCAUUUGAUGCCCUGACGCUCCUGACCCCAUUUCUCUUCGUAAUUCAAGAGAAAGGAACUGCCGCACCAAUCACGAUACUUGCUCUUGGCGCAUUGAGAAAAUUCUUAGCGUAUGGAUUUAUUUCUUCUGAGUCUCCUCGCUUUGCGCUGGCUAUGCAAUCGCUCUCGGCUGCUGUUACGCACUGUCAAUUUGAUAUCAGCGAUUCAGCCCAAGGCGAAGUUGUGCUGCUCAUGAUUCUCAACUUGAUGGAGGACAUGAUGUCUGGACCUGGAGGAUAUAUAUUGAGCGACGAGAGUGUUUGUGAUAUGAUGGGGCGUGGCUUGGCUAUAUGUUCCCAACCUCGGUUCUCGCCUGUCCUGAGGAGAACGGCCGAAGCUGUCCUGGUUAGAAUGUGCCAGAUCAUCUUCGAAGAUAUUAAACAUCUUGAGGUCGAGGCUGGAGACGAUUCUUCUGUCAUGGAUCAGUUGGCCGAUCAGCACAUGGAAAAUGUAAAGAUGGACACCACGGCCGGCAGUACUGUUGCAGAACCCAUUGUCCCCGCCUCUACCGAAGACGAGUCUCCUCCCGAAGCUUCAGAUAAUGUUGGCAGUGAGAAGGCGGAAGAAGGAUCUGAAAUCAUCCCCCCUAACGAAGAAAACGAAAGCGACACAGAAUCUCUAGACCUUCGGCCUUACUCGUUACCAUCCGUCAGAGAGCUAUUUCGAGUUUUGGUCAACUUCCUGGACCCUAAUGAUCGCCAUCAUACCGAUACAAUGAGAGUGGUGGCUUUGCGGAUAAUACAUGUUGCCUUAGAGGUGUCUGGUUCUUUCAUAGCGCGUCAUCCUGCUUUGGCAACCAUUGCCAAAGAUCAGUUGUGCUGUUACCUCUUUCAACUUGUCCGAUCCGAUAACAUGGCCAUCCUGCAAGAAUCGUUAACAGUUACCGGAACGCUGCUCGCGACCUGCAGAGGCGUCCUCAAACUUCAACAGGAACUCUACUUAUCUUAUUUGGUAGCAUGCCUUCACCCGACUAUUCACAUCCCUCGAGAAGCUGGUAUUGAUCCAUCGCUGUACGCCGGCAUACCAGAGACACCAAAACUGGUCAAGCCGCCACCAUCACAGUCUAACAGCGGACGCUCAACUCCUGUUCCUGUCAAGGAUAGACAAAAACUUGGGUUGGAAGGGGGUGCUCGUAAACCCGAUGCCAGGCAGGCAAUGGUAGAAGCUAUUGGUGUUCUAUCUAGGAUGCCAACCUUUGCUGCUGAGUUGUUUGUCAAUUAUGACUGUGAUGAAGAUAGGUCGGACUUAUGUGAAGAUGUGAUUGGACUACUUUCGCGUAACGCCUUACCGGACUCAGCAACAUGGAGCACUACAAGCGUUCCGCCUCUCUGCCUAGAUGCUCUCCUGCGAUUUAUACAGUUCAUGGCUGAAAGAGUGCAUGAUGACCCUGUAUACGAAAACUUUCCGGAUCCCGAGAUGCUGAGGGAAAAAAGACGACGGAAGAAAACUAUAAUUAUAGGGACGAGCAAGUUCAAUGAGAAGCCAAAGUUGGGAUUGAGCUAUCUUGAAGCGAGCAACAUCAUUACUGAUGUUGGAGAUCCUAUUUCGGUGGCUAAAUUCCUCAAAGGAACAUCACGAAUAUCGAAGGCAGUUCUCGGCGACUUUCUGUCGAAAAAAGGAAACGAAGCUAUCCUGGGAGCCUUCUUGGAUUUGUUCGAUUUCUCCGGCAAACGAAUUGACCAGGCAUUGAGGGUGAUGCUGGAGUCUUUCCGGCUGCCAGGUGAAGCACCCCUAAUCGCAUCAGUAGUCGAGUCUUUCUCUGAGAAAUACUGCGACUGCAAUACGCUGUCUGAGGUGGCAAACAAAGACGCCGUUUUCAUUUUGACAUAUGCUAUUAUUAUCUUAAACACCGACCAACACAAUCCUAAUGUGAAAUCCAUGAAGAGGAUGACCCUCAACGAUUUCUCUAGAAACUUACGAGGACAGAACAACGGACAAGAUUUUUCGCCUGAUUAUCUGAAGGAUAUUUACGAAUGCAUCAAGUCGAACGAGAUCAUAUUGCCUGAUGAGCACGAUAAUCAGCACGCUUUCGAUUAUGCCUGGCGGGAGCUUCUUUUGAAAUCGGAGACGGCGGGCCAACUAUUCACUUGCGAUACUAAUAUUUAUGACGGCGAUAUGUUUGCGGCAACCUGGAAGCCAGUUGUCUCUACUCUAUCAUACGUCUUCAUGUCCGCGACGGAUGAUGCCGUUUUUGCCAGGAUUGUAACUGGGUUUGAUGAAUGUGCCCGCAUCGCGACCAAGUAUGGCAAUGUUGAAGCACUUGAUCAGAUUGUUUACUGUCUUAGCCACAUCACUACAUUGGCUACUCGUGUGCCGUUUAAUACAGCCUUGAACACCGAGGUCCAGGUUGGGGAUGGCAGUGUCAUGGUCAGUGAGCUGGCCGUAAAGCUAGGCAGAGACUUUCGUGCUCAGCUUGCAGUGCUCGUUUUAUUCCGGGUUGUCAUUGGCAGCGAGGCUCUCAUUCACAAUGGGUGGAAACAUAUUAUUCGGAUAUGGACCCAUCUCUUUUUGAACUCCCUAGCACCACCCCUAUCUUCAACGGAUCUUCCAACUCUACCAAUUCCAGCUAUUCCUUUACAGACCCCCUCGCAGGUCAUAGAUAGGGCUGCAAGAUCUAACGAUAUUGGAUUUUUCUCUGCAUUCACAUCAUACAUCUCCAGCUACGCUGCGGACGAUCCCCCAGAGCCAUCAGACGAGGAACUGGAGAGUACACUGUGUACUGUUGACUGCAUUAAUUCCUGUAAUAUUGACAAAGUUUUGAACAACAUCUCUAAACUGCCCCCAGCACGCAUUGACAUAUUGGUCCAGGCAUUGCUGGAACAGCUGCCACAGAGUGACCACUCAUCUGUCAUUGGUGUAAAGCAAGAUAAUGUGACAGUCGUACCUCCUAAUGGGCCGAUUUCGCCAUCAGGGCUCCCGACUUACGACCCCUCUACGCCUUUUAUUCUUGAGCUUUGUACUAUCUUGACUAUUCGGGACGGUGAAUGUGUUACAAAUACUGCAAAGCAAGAUCAUGAUUUUGUGAAUGUACCAAUUUUCCUUCAUACUAUCUCCAGCCUACCACAAGAUCUACUGCUAAAGACGGCGGAUAUUAUCCUCUCUGGACUCUCGAUUUGCACGCGUGACCCAGGCCCUCUGAGAAGUGAGAUGAUGACCUCACCUGAUUUUUGGGUUAUUUUGCGUGUGGUGGCGGGAGACGCCAAUGCUGCGGCUCAAAUAUUUGAUAUCUUGGAGAGAAGCACUACUGGAACACCCCCAGCAAUCAUGGCCGACAACUACGAGGCAGCAAUCUCUCUCCUGAAUCACUUUGCAUCUGCAGCUGACCCUCUUCGACGAAGAAAGAUGCGUAAGUCUACGAUGAUAUCCUCCAAAGGACCGGAUACUAACAUUAUAUGUAGUGAGGCCCAAGUAAUAGCAAGAGGCUGCCAAGCUAUCAAUACCUUGCAUGGCAUGACGUCUCGAAUCCCACAGCUGAUGCAACAGUCUCAUCUAGAGAGUAGCGAGGCGUGGUCGGCCUAUUGGUUACCCAUCCUUCAAGCACUUACGACGCAGUGUACCAAUUCCUGUCGUGAUGUUCGCCAGCUUGCGUUCUCUGCUCUGCAAAGGUCACUACUUUCACCUGAGCUCACCUGCAGCGAUCCAAAGGAAUGGACUGCAAUAUUCAGCAAAGUCCUGUUCCCUCUAAUCUUCCGGCUUUUGAAACCGGAAGUCUAUUCCUCUGAUCGGGACGGGAUGAGUGAAAUGCGUGUUCAAGUGGCAUCCCUCCUCUGCAAGGUGUUUUUGCAGUACAUGGUUCUAUUAUCCGAGUGGGACGGCAUGCUGGAUCUCUGGAUUAAGAUCAUUGAGAUUAUGGAUCGCCUCAUGAACAGUGGACAAGGCGACAGCUUAGCGGAAGCAGUACGAGAAAAUCUGAAAAAUGUUGUCUUGUUUAUGGCGACCAGCGGCUAUUUAGUUUCUCCCGACAAAGAUCCAUCAAGGAAAAAACUCUGGGAUGAAACAUGGGAGAGGGUAAACAGGUUUUUACCAGACUUGCGGAAUGAUAUUCUCAAUGAAGAGAGUCCUGAGCCUACUGAGGCUAAAGUCAGCGAAGAGAAAUGA